AUGUCAAAACUCCUUUCAUCCACAACCCCGUCCUUUGCUCAGGCUUCCUACACUCCUCUCCGGGAAACCAGACACUCAACAGAAUCCUUCCCAGGCGAAGAAGAUGACGACCUCGACCCAGAUUCAAGACAACAUAGCCGACGCAGUAGUCGAUCCAUUGUUAAUAUGACCUCCGCCACCAUUGACUCCAACUCCAACAACCACGUUCUCGCCAGUAACUCUGACUCUGAGAAUGAGGACCAGCAGGAGUGCGAUCUUCGCAAGGACGGUGCCGUUAACGAGUCAGGCAGCAACUACCCAAAUCAACAACAACAGCGACAGGGCUCGGCAGACAGCAGCAGCACUAUUGUGUCGAUUGACUCAAACACAGACGACGCAUAUCCACCCAAGUAUACACGCGAGAGCUUUGAGUAUUCGGAACCGGGCCACGACAGGGAGUUUGGCCAGGGUCUGCCUGUGGAACAAGGAGUUGGAGACGUUGGAGGCCUUCGUGGAGCCAUUGAAGGUGACGCAGACAAGGGAUUGUGGAUGCAGGCAUUAACAACCUUGGUCAUUGCCGUCAGUGGAUUGAUCUGUGCGGGCUGGCUUCUGGAUGCUGUUCAGCACUGGCCAGUUUUCCUCGAGAUUUCAGAGCUCAUCAUUUUGAUACCCAUCUUGCUCAACCUCAAAGGAAACCUGGAAAUGAACCUUGCCAGUCGCCUCUCCACCGCCUGCAAUAUGGGAUUGCUGGAUACGCCCUCAUCCAGGAACGCAUUUAUCAAAGGAAACUUGGCAUUGCUGCAGUUGCAGAGUUUGACCGUCGGAUCGGUUGCAGGAUUGUUUUCUUUUGUGUUGGGAAUGAUUGUCCACCCAACGACCAACAAUUUGGAGGAGAUUGCUCUCAUGAUCUCGUCCAGCAUGCUCUGUGCCUCUGCCAGUAGUUUCGUCCUCGGAAGCUUCAUGUGCGGACUCGUUCUCAUCUGUCGCCAUUACCGCGUCAACCCUGACAAUAUUGCGGUUCCGUUGGCUUCUUCGUUUGGAGACUUGGUCACCCUGGUCAUUCUGUCUGGAAUCGCAGUAUUCCUUGGCGAUUAUGUCCAAACGCCAUUGUGUAUCAGUUUGCUAUUGAUCCUGCUGGCAUUGAUUCCAGUGUGGCUCUACAUUGUUCGCAAGAACAAAUAUGUCUCAGAGGUGGUCAAGGAAGGAUGGGGACCGGUCUUUUCGGCCAUGGUGAUUGCGAGUACCGCAGGAUUGACGCUGGAGCGAUAUAUCAACCAGUUCCCAGGAAUGGCCAUGAUCUCACCCGUCCUCAACGGACUCACGGGCAACAUAGGAUCGAUCUAUGCCAGUCGUAUCAGCACUGCGCUGCAUGCCAACAUUCAGGAGAAUUACCGGUCGACGGAGAAGACACUGUUUUUGGUUCAUAUCCCGAUUGAGGUUUUGUUCUUGGCGGUGAUCAGUAUUUUGGGAUUGGGCGAUGUUCAGUGGAGCUUUGGUGUUGUAGCGGGAUACACGGCUGUCGCGUUGGCACUGGUCACUAUCUCGUUGGUCCUUGCCAAAAGGAUCACCCGGUUGUUCUGGAAGUGGGGCUAUGAUCCCGAUAAUUAUGCCCUUCCCAUCCUGUAA